AUGUGAAGACUUAAUGCUUACUCCCUUUCCACCGCGAUUUACAGUAAGCAAAACUCUAGCUCUCUCAUUAUCGUCAUCUGUACACAUGUUCAGGGUGGAUUAACACCCCUAAUUGCCUGUCUUCACCUCUGCAAAUUGUUCUCACCACAUCUUCUCUCACUCCCUUUCCACCGCCAUUACAGUAAGCAAAACUCUCGCUCUCUCAUUAUCGCCAUCUGUACAGAUUUUCAGGGUGGAUUAACACCCCCUAAUUGCCUGUCUUCACCUCUGCAAAUUGGUCUCACCACAUCUUCUCUACUCCCCUUCCACCGCCAUUUACAGUAAGCAAAACUCCAGCUCUCUCAUUAUCGUCAUCUGUACACAUUUUCAGGGUGGAUUAACACCCCUACUUGCCUGUCUUCACCUCUGCAAAUUGUUCUCACCACAUCUUCUCCAUGGCAACAGCUGCUCUUUUUCAUGGCACCUCUUUACCCUUUUUCCGGUGCAAUACCAGAUGCACGAUGAGCAAUUUGCCUGAAAAUGGAGGGCCUUUGCCUCAAAUUCCAGUGCAGAGAGUGACCCUAAAGCAUUUGGGGCUGAAGCAUAAGAAGGGGGAACCUAUCACCAUGGUCUCUGCUUAUGAUUACCCAUCAGCUCUUCAUCUUGACCGAGCGGGAAUUGAUAUUUGUCUGGUUGGUGAUUCUGCAGCAUUUCUUGUUCAUGGGCAUGAAACAACCUUGCCAAUUAGCUUGGAUGAGAUGCUGGUACACUGUCGUGCUGUGGCCCGAGGGACCAGGCGUCCUCUCCUUGUGGGUGAUCUUCCUUUUGGAAGCUACGAGGCAAGCUCUGUGCAGGCAGUUGAAUCUGCAAUUAGGAUAUUGAAGGAAGGUGGGAUGGAUGCCAUUAAAUUGGAAGGUGGAUCUCCAUUCAAGGUUGCUGCUGCAAAAUCAAUAGUAGAGGCUGGGAUUGCCGUCAUGGGGCAUAUAGGACUUACACCUCAAGCAAUCAGUGUUCUUGGUGAUUUCAGGCCUCAGGGCAGAGAUGUUGAAAGUGCAAUGAAGAUUGUGGAGAGUGCACUUGCUCUACAGGAAGCAGGAUGUUUUGCACUUGUGUUGGAUUGUGUGCCCUCGCCUGUUGCAGCUGCUACAACUUCUGCCCUCCAAAUCCCCACCAUAGGUUUUGGUGCCGGGCCUUCAUGUAGUGGCCAGAUCUUGCUGUACCAUGAUUUGCUUGGCAUGCUCCAACACCCUCACCAUGCUAUGGUGGUUCCCAAGUUUUGUAAACAAUAUGGACAUGUGGGUGCUGAGAUAAAUAGAGCUCUAUCAGAUUUCAGAGAAGAAGUGGUCAAUCAUUCGUUUCCAGGUCCUGAACACACACCGUACAGGAUUAGCAGUGAUGCUUUAGAUGGAUUUUUGAAUGAGCUCGAGAGGAGAGGGUUGAGUAAAGCAGCUUCAUCAGCCGCUGCUGCAGCUGAGAAGGAUGAGAAGGUGAUGAGAGAUGAAGAAGAGAAUGAUGGUGCCCCGAUUUCCUUGACUUCGGUUACUGAGGGUCCAUGACUUAGUUUAUUAUGGGGUCUCUCUCUACCAUGACUUAGUUACUAUGGGUCUCUCUGGCAUGGCAAUGGAAGUGAAAGAUUCUAGGACGCUUGGCUCCUUUAGGACAAAUUAGUGUGUUUCUAUUGGAAUGACAGUGAAGUGGCACUUGAAAAGCUUCUUGGAAGUGUCCAAUGAAAGUGGCUUUUGAAAACCUUUGGACGCAUUUUGUGGCUCAUGCCUUGCUUUUUUUUUUUUCAGCCUGUCUUGGACCUGGUCAAUGAAAGUAGCUUUUGAAAAGUUUGUUGGACGCAUUUUGUGGCUCAUGCCUUACUUUUUCAGGUUCUAUAGACAAUCCUUUGGUAAUAAAUGGAGCAAGUUAUUAUUUAGUUUG